UUAGAAGUCGCAAGCUAUCGGAACAAUCAGACAUAUUUCGCAAUGAUUUAAGAACAGACAACGUUCAUGUGUUAUAGAUAUUUAUUAACAGCAAGACUUUCUACACAUAGACAAUACGCAUUGUAUAUUUUCUUUUCGAUCAUACAAUUGGAAGGCGGAAAAGAAAAAAUACUUCAGGCGGGUAAGAAAAGUGGGAUCAAUUCUAUUACUUUAACAUAGUUUUAUAUUUGUUGUCGACGAGUAAAAGAAUGAAUUUAGGAACAGUAUGCGUUCUUUUUGCGACGUUAUCGUGCGUAAAUGUAUUAAACUUCGAAAAAAAUAAAUCUCCAAUGGAAGUCAAACCAGAAAAUUAUACGGACAGCGUGCUUAUUGAAUACGAUGGAACUAUUGAAGAGGCUCAAGAGUUUGGAAAACAAAACAAUCUGCAGUUCAUGCGACAAGUUGUGCGUAGUUUCUACGAGUUCAGAGUGGUUGGUGCAAAGCAGAGGUCUACUUCCCCUGUGAACAUUGAUUUAAAGAGACUUACAGAACGCGACAAUAAGGUGAAGGGUUUGGAGCAGCAGAAAGUCCGGUUUAUGCGGAAAAAAAACGUUCUCCGUGACAAAAUAUUCAGUAAUCGAACAGACGUGAAUCAUCAACGAUUUCGAAGAGCUAUCACUGUCAGCGAUGCUCAGUGGUCAAAUCAAUGGCAUUUACAAACUAGCCAACACCCAUCUAUGGGGGUUCAAAACGCUUGGAACAAAGGGUUCAACGGAAGUGGUAUUACAAUGGCGAUAGUGGACGAUGGUAUCGAUACUUCUCACAGCGACGUCAAUUAUGAUGCAACCCUUAGUUACAACUUCAAUCACAACAUCGCUGACCCAAACCACGUUCUCGCAGGAGACGGACAUGGGACAAGUUGCGCCGGUGUCGCAGCCGCAUUGAAGAACACAGAAUGCGUUAUUGGAACAGCAUUCGAGGCCAAAAUAGCUGGGCCGAGGCGGCAAGGGUGCCAUUUAUGUUUGGGCUUCUGGGAAUGGCGGUUAUGUUGACGAUUGUCAGGCGGAUGGAUACACGAUCAGCAUAUACACUAUUGCCAUUGCAGCCGUGUCAAAAUCCGGUGCGCCUACGUC